UGCGUGUAGUUUCUCUCUUUUAAGGCCUUUUGUUUUCAUUCAAUAAGGAGAAGCGCUUCACUAAGGAAAAUCGGAUCGCGGCUAAAUAAAUCGCUUCUGUUUGCACAGACCCGAGAUCGCACUGAACGCUCUUAUCUCUGAACUCUGGCUUAUCCAUCCUGAUCUUUCACAAUGGUGGUCUGUAAAUGCAGAAAGGCUACGAAGCUGUAUUGCUUUGUUCACAAGGUCCCUAUUUGUGGGGAAUGCAUUUGCUUCCCUGAGCAUAAAACUUGUGUGGUCCGGACUUAUUCAGAAUGGGUGAUAGAUGGAGAGUAUGACCAGCCAAAGUGUUGUCAGUGCCAAGCGGCAUUUGAUGACGGGGCAGGUCUUCAAGUUACUCGGUUGGGCUGCUUGCAUGCUAUACAUACAAGCUGUUUGGUUUCACUUAUCAAGAGCUUUCCUCCCCAUACUGCACCUGCUGGUUAUGUCUGCCCAUCAUGUAGCACCCCUAUAUGGCCUCCCAAAAUGGUUAAAGAUGCGGGAUCUCGGCUUCAUGCACAGUUAAGGGAAGUGAUUUUGCAGACUGGUCUUGAGAAGAAUCUUUUUGGGAACCAUCCAGUUUCUCGAUCCACAGAGUCUCGUAACCCACCCCCUGCAUUUGCUUCAGAUGCAUUGGUUAAUGUAUUAUCAUCUUCUCAUACACAAGAAGGGAAAAAUCUUCUUGAUGGAGAAUAUUCCAAACCUGUGGUUUCAGAGAUAGUUGAGAUAGAUGUUCCUGCUUCUUCUGGGAAUUACAUGAAAACCUCUAGCCCUGGAUUUGCUACUGCUGCACGGAAAGGUGUACCCGCUGUAGACAGACAGAACUCCGAGAUUCUAUAUUACGCAGACGACGAAGACGGGAAUAAAAAAAAGUACUCAAGAAGAGGUCCACUCCGUCACAAGUUUCUGCGUGCAUUACUACCAUUCUGGUCAAGUGCAUUACCAACUCUACCCGUGACUGCACCACCUCGUAAAGAUCCAACACAGGCAGACGAUGGUUCAGAAGGACGUGUAAGACAUCGAUCAUCAAGGAUGGAUAUAAGGAAAACGCUCCUUUUCAUAGCAAUCAUAGCGUGUAUGGCAACAAUGGGAAUUUUAUACUACAGACUCGCACAACGAGUAAUUGGUCAAGAAAUACCCGAUGAGGAGCAGCAAUGAAAGUAAUAUUGUAUCGGACAGGGUGAUAAGACUGGCUCCACAUAUAUUUCUGCUUUGGGUCCUUUUGGACGAUUAGAAACUGUUAAUUUUGAGAAUUGUGGGAAAUGGUUCUUUGUGACGGUGUUGUCCAAUUUUUUGUCGCGGGUCAAAGCUUA